AAUUGAUUAUGAUUAGGAUCAUUGUAUUUUAAUGUUUAUUUCACAACUUUGAUUUCCCUUUCGAAAACCUUAAAAUAUGUCUGGAAAUCUCGAAAACGAAAAGCCUUCUCUCAGUCAAUAUUUCGGAAGUGAUUCUGGAUCAGAGGAUAAGACAGAUUUCACAACAAAACUUUCUGAUACAUCGAACAAGUUGAACACUUUGAAAUUGGAAGGGAACCGUUUCGAAUCUGAAUAUAAGAACGAGCCUGUAGUGUGUAGAUUAUUUUCGGAUAAUGUUUCUCAGUCCAAAGACCCAACAGCACCAUUUUUCGAUUACUUUGGAUCUGGUUCCGAUGCUGCCAUGAACCAUAAUAAUCUAGAUAAAAAUGUGACCAUGCCUGAUUUAGAUAUACCAACAAUGAUGGAUAGUGGAUUUGAACCAAGGGUAGCUGUAGGUUCAGAGGCUGAAAGAAGGAGAGAUGCUUGGAUACCUAGUGAACAAACUAGGCAGAUAUUAAUUAAAUGUGUAACAUCUACACCUGGUACUUUUUUUCCAGAAAGAGAAUAUCUCACUAUGCCUGGAGUACUAUUAGAAGAGGAGCUGGGUGAUAGUGUUGGAGAAGCAGUUACUGUUUGCUUAGGGGAAACAGAAGCAGCUGAGAGGAGGAUAAUCACUGCAAAUGAUGUUACCCAGGAUGAAAGGGGACUUCGGGAAUUGGUACAAGCUGGUGCCUACAGGGCUGCCAUCAAUUUAACCGCUAGAUUGUUGGAAAUAUACGGCCAAGGCAAGGGACGUGCAGGCCAUCCUAGCAAACACUCCUCACAUUCACUACAGCUCUGGUUCACAAGAAUUGCUCUUCUAGUCAAAACCAAGUUAUUCAAUUUUGCUCAAGCUGAAGCUGAAACGUUCGGAGAUUUAGAUAAACCGGAUGUCUUCUAUCAGUUCUAUCCAGAAAUGUAUGGGGACCGUCCUGGCUCCAUAGCUUCAUUUUCUUUUCGUUUGCUGCUUGCUGAAUUGCCAAUGCAUUGUGGGAAAUUUUUGGACAGUCUACCUAGACUAUUCAAUCUUUGGUCCAUUGUGAAGCAGAUACGAAAAAAUUUGCAAGCUGGCUUGUGCGAGGAUGGAAAUCCAUUAGGAAUAAAUGAACCAGAUAGAGCUAAUUCAGAGAAACUAUGGAGAAGCCGAGAAAUUCGGAUUAUACAUUCGAUAAUCGAUUGCGCGAUUUGCCUGAAGAAUUUUCAAUUAGCAAUAGAUUUAAUGAGGGAGAUAUGUGAAAUAGAUUUAACUAACCGGCAUACACUUUUGUCGGCAUUAGGUCGUUUACAUUUAAUAAUAGGAGAUAUAGCUGGGGCAGAAGAUAGUUUCAACAAAGCAAGUUUGUGUGCACAAGAAAUGCAAUUCAAAGAUAAGAAAUUAGAAGUCCGAUCAUUGAUUGAUAGCGGACUUCUGUGCAUUGCCAAUAAAAAUUACAACGAGGCCCUAAAUUUCUUUCAAGAAGCCAAAUCUUUGGAACCUAAUAAGACGAUGAUCUUGAAUAAUAUGGCAGUGUGCCACAUGUACAGCGGUCGACUCAAAGACGCUAUAUCGAUUUUAGAGUCUGCGAUCGCAUCGAAUCCACCUCAAGCUCUUCACGAGUCCGUCAUUUUGAACCUUUGCACUUUGUACGAUAUGGAAUCGUCCAAGGGAAGAUUGAAAAAGUUUGCUCUAUUGAGGCAAAUGUCUCGUUAUCAGGCAGAUGCUCCCACAGCAAUCUUGGAAAAAUUGUAUGGCUAAGGGUGGCUGUCAAAUACUUGUCAUUUUGGUUUGACAUCUUGAAGUAGUACCAACGCGACUACAGUUUCGUUACUAACACCAAUUGUGGCCUAUACAAGAAAAAACUCGCUUUUCACUGUUAAUAACACUUCACUUGAGGUUUUGUUAUAACCUCAAUUUCUGUAUGAGUUCCUGUCACAUUUAAUAUAAUUGAUGGUUUUUGGA